ACAGAAGUUAGUAGGGUUUAACGUCCUCUCUCUCUCUCUCUUCCCAAGUUUUCUCUGAAGGUGUGGGUUUUUUGGGGAGAGAAUAACACAGAGUGAAAAGAUGCCUCAUACGACCACUUUGGAUUGCCCUGGUUGUCCAUCACUUCGUGCUCUAACAUUCGACGCUCUUGGUCUGAUCAAAGUUAUUGAAGCACGGGGCAAGCAAGGAGGGUUUCCUAAGGUGGUGGAGAAAUGGGGUGAGCCAGACUCCUCAAAAUGCGUGCUUGCUGCGUCAAUCGACGACAGCAAAUCAAACCCGUUAUUAGCUGUUGCAAGAAAGAAUGGCAUGAUUGAGAUUCUGAAUCCUCUCAAUGGGGAUCUAUGUUUCUCGGUUCCUAAUGACAAUGGUGAUGUUGGUCGAAUGGAGAAUGAUGCCAUCAUUGGGUUGCAUUUACUUGCGAGAAAGAAAAAAGAGUCUGUGUCUAGAUUUUGCACUUUGCUUACAUGUACGGAAAAAGGGAAGGCAACUAUCAGGUCUUUUGAACGGACAACUUCACCUAAAGAGUUUACCUCUACUGGGUCAUCUAGAACAUGGGAAGUAUGCAAUGCUGGUAAUAUCUUAUGUUCAAAACUCGAUGGGAGUGAAAAUUAUGCAUUAUUUGGAGGGAAGGGUGUUGAAGUGACUGUGUGGGAUCUUGACAAGUGUACUAAGACAUGGACAGCAAAAUCUCCUCCUAAAAACAGCCUUGGUAUUUUUACCCCAACUUGGUUUACAUCUGCCACGUUCCUGAGUAAAGAUGAUCAUCGUAAAAUUGUGGCUGGCACACAGAGCCAUCAGGUCCGUCUCUAUGAUAUUUCUGCUCAGCGGAGACCUGUAAUAUCUUUUGAUUUCCGGGAGACCCCCGUUAAAGCAUUAGCUGAAGAUCUAGAUGGCUAUACAAUCUAUGUCGGGAACGGGUCUGGUGAUCUUUCUGCUUUUGACAUGCGCACAGGGAAAUUGUUAGGAAGUUUUUUGGGAAAAUGUUCUGGAAGCAUUAGAUCAAUAGUUAGGCACCCUGAACUUCCAGUGCUUGCAUCAUGUGGACUGGAUAGCUAUCUACGCUUCUGGGAUGUAAAGACACGGCAACUACUUUCUGCGGUUUUCCUGAAACAGCAUCUUGUAAAAGUUCUUUUUGAUUCCAGUUUUGCUGAUGAAGAAGUUUCUCAUUGUACGGAAGAUCUACCAUCUGAAGCACAAAAUGCUAAUGAGACUCAAAUUGGAGAUGAGGAAACACUACCCGUCAAAAGAAAGAAGGCAUCUAAAGAACACAAAAGAAACAAGAAGGAAAGUAAACAAAACAAUGGCAGUGAAACAUCUAAAGAAAAUAAAGGCAGGAAAUCAAAAUCCAAUAAAAGUAGCAAAAGAUUAAAAUAUGACAUGGUUGAUGAUGAAUCAUGAUCAGAUGAUUAAAAUGAGAAUACCAAAGCACCGGGUGAAGGCAUGAGGUCUUUUUCUUGUUUUAGGGUUAAUUUGAAAUUUGUAAUUUACAAAAAGGUGGAAUUGUAACUUCUAUAUAUUGAAGGUAACAUGAAAAAGUAAUUAGUCGUUGUAGCCAAGACCACAUUGUUCAUUCAUUUUUUCCGGCUUGUAAUGCAUGUGAGAUAUCCUGCGGUUUACUUU